AUGACUGGAAAAUUAAUUUGGCCUUAUCCUGAUGAACCACAAUCAGGCUUCUGGGGUAAUACCACAGCAAUUAUUGAUUGGUGUGAAGAAAAUUACGUUGUAUCAUAUUAUAUCGCAGAAUGGUCUAAUACUUUAACGAAUUUCAUGUUUAUAUUGGUUGCAACUUACUAUACAUAUUGUAUAUAUAGAAAUCGUCUCGAAACAAGAUUUAUUUUAGUCGGUUUAAUGUUCGCCCUUGUAGGGUUUGGUUCAUGGUUUUUCCAUAUGACUUUAAAAUAUAGAUAUCAACUACUUGAUGAAUUACCAAUGGUUUAUGCCACUUCAACACCUGCUUGGUCAUUAUUUUGUGAAUUAGAUUGGAAUACUUUCAGAGCUUCAAAAGGACCUGUCUCAAAGAGAAAAGAAUGGUUCUUUGGUAUUAUUGUUGUAUCAUUCACUACAGGCUUAACUUGGUUUUAUAUGGCUUAUCAAUCACCAAUUAUCUUUCAAGUACUGUACGGAUUUUUAAAUUGUUUGGUGGUUGCAAUCUCAGGUUCAUUUGCAUAUUUCUUAAUACCAAAGAAUAAAUUAGAUAAAAAAAAUUUAUACACAACAAUGGGUUUAGGUAUUGUAAUCUUUCUUUUAGGUUUCAUUUCCUGGCAAUUAGAUAUUCAUAUGUGCAGUUUCUGGAGAUAUUUUAGAAGAACUUAUUUAUUAUUACCAUUAGGUACAUUAUUAGAAUUACAUGGUUGGUGGCAUAUUCUAACAGGGAUGGGUGUCUACACAUAUAUUGUGUUUUUAGCUUAUUUGCGUGUAUUGAAUUUAGGAACUCAAGAUGAUUUCUUAUUUAUUUGGAGAUGGAGAUUAUUACCUGAAUUGGUAAGAAAGGAUUCUGCCAUUUCUACUAAAUAUUCAUUACAAUUCUGGGGUCCAUAUGAAAAUGAAAAUGAAACACUUCAUUCAACUAAUACUCCUAUUAACGGUCUACCAGUAACUUCUACGACAACCGCUCAAGCUGGUGCUUCUAAUUAG